AUGAAAACAAAGUGGCGUCUUUACAUUUUGUGGAGUGUUUUUGCACUUGGCAUAGUUAACUGUACACCAAACAGGGAUGCAUCCUCGUCUGUGCAGCGUCGAGUUAAGAGGAAAAAGGUUUUCAGACUGGGCACCGAGAAAACCUCCGUGAACACAGACAGCAGCAGAGACCCCGGCUUCCACCCAUUACUCCAACUCAACACGCCGGGCCCUACCAGGCUCAAGACGAGCCUCGAGUCGGACUUUGCAUACCUUCCGGAUGUUUCGGUCACCUGCUCCACGUCCAACUUCGUCGUACGAGUUAAACCGGCCUUCUACGGACUCGGGGCCAGUGCAGAGGAGCUGAAGUUGGGCGACGCCUGUAAGAGCAACGGGGUCCUCUCCCCCUACGGCGACCUUCUCUUCACUUACCCUCUGACGGAGUGUGGUGCCCUACGAGAGAUGCCCCCGGGUUCUCUUGUCUAUAAGUUCGUGCUGCGCUAUGUUCCCUCGCCCAAACGGUUCCGGAGCAGAGCGCAUCCAAUCGACGUGAACAUCGAGUGCCGAUUUCACAGGUAUCAUCAUGUGUACCAACUGGCUGUGCGUCCCACCUGGAAGACUGCAAUACUGCGUAAAAAGUUGAGGGGACGCACGGACAGUUUCCAAAUCCAGCUCAUGGAUGAUUCUUGGACCAUGCCAGCCAAGUCCCAGGUUUACCAGCUAGGGCAGACUGUUAAUUUCCAGGUGUCUGCUUCGCUGCUCCCCCCUGGAGGAAAGAUGUACAUCAGCAGUUGCUAUGUCAAACCAUCCAAAGUGUCUCGAUCAACCAUCAAAUACCCUAUCAUUGACAACUUUGGGUGUUUGUUGGAAAGCCAAAGAGACCCAGGGGCCUCUCAGUUUGUCUCUCCACGGACGGAUAAGACCCUACGAGUCUCACUAAAUGCCUUUCAGUUCACCUCUCACCCUGACACUCAGAUCAACAUUCACUGCAAAGUAUUUGUGACAUCAGAGGACCCAGGUCCGACACACAAGUCCUGCACCUAUAGAGAAAACGGGUGGACGGCCCUUACUGGCGCUGACUCCAUAUGUAAAUGCUGUGAAUCCCAAUGUGUAACCUCUAAACAGCGAAGGGCCAUGAUGGAGGGCUCUGCCAGCAGUGGGCCGCUGCUGGUCUCAGAUCAGCCGUCCACACCUGAAGAUGGCUAUUUACCAGUUGGUGUGGGGGGAGAGGGGGCGCUUGAAGACAUCCUGGCAUUUGAGAUGGACAUGAAUCAGCAAAUCACUGAGUUGCACAGCACUGAAAACCUGUGGGAUCACACUGAUUUACCCAAGUAUGAUGGCGAUGAAGGCCGGCGAAGCUACACUGACUUAGAAAAGGAGGAGACGCAACUUAAUGGAGAUGGAAGGAUUACAGCUGAGGUAGUUAAAGACAUAGGGUUCGAGAAUCUACUAGAUUUAACAGCAAGACAGUUCUUGGAGGAAAGGCAGAAGUUUGAUGGCGGGGAUUUGGAGGAAUUUGGAGAAGACGGUUCAGGGUAUUUAGCUGCAGAGGAGUUUCUAAGAUGGGGGGAACAAGAGUUGGGGUGGAAGAGUAAAUCUGAGAAAAAGGAAGCGGAGCCAGGGAAAGUGAACGUAAGAGAACAAGGUGCUUCUGAAAGGGAAGGGGUCCAUCAACAAGAGAAGGACGAGGUAGAGACACUUCAUGUUGUUUGGGAUGAGGAAACCUUAGCGCUGGAAUCAGGCAGCACACAUCUAAUCCAGGAAUUGGGAGAGGAUGAGGACCAGCUGCUAGAAACUGAAAGUGAGGAGCAGGUGGAGCACAGCAGAGAUAUGCACAUAGGGAAAGGUGAAGAGGGUGAUGGGACCAUUUUUCCGACUGAGCAGACACAUGGCCAAGUCUCAGCUGAUGGACCAGUAGAGGCAGGCGUGGUGGAUGAUGGGGAGAUGACUUGGUAUUUCACAUGGAGGUAG